AUGAUCUUUCCUUUUUUCAUCUUUCUUUUUGGGGUUGAAGGGCAAAAGUGCCCAAGAGAAUGGGGAAAAGCUUGGCGGAAGAAGAUUUUGAAGCUCGUGAACGCAGCGGAUCAUUAUGCGAGCAUCAAGAAGGAGAAUAAGGUCUUGCGACUUCAUGAUGAUUGCAUACCGAUGAUUUCGAACUUCAAAUGCUUCGAAAUGGAAUCCCCAAACAAGAAAACAUGCGAGCUGAUUGUAUGGAACACGCCAGAAAAGUCAUACCGUGGAAUCUGCGACGAAACGCUUCAAAUCACCCAUUCUGACUGCGAAAAUACCAUUUGCCCAACGAACUUUUUCUUCUCGCUCGACGGAAACUCCAUCCCCGAAUCAUAUCCAUUUUCCUCCCUCAAUCCCGCUUCCAAAAAAGAUUGCAAAGAGUUCGUCUUCACUGUCCUUCGAAAUGGAAGUGAAAUCGAGCUGAAUGACGAUCAAUGCAAUCGAAUGGUCGAAGCUACUUUUGACGCUAUUCGCGAAAUCAACUCGAAUAGAGGAGAAAACUCGUCCUCGGAAAUUCUCAGUCGAAGAUCCAGAACGCUAACACAGUCAUUCUCAUCAAUUCCUAAACCAAUUCCAAAAUCGAAACCAGAUUCAAAUCCUGCAUUUCCUACAGCAGAGUUUAUAAAUGAUUCAAGCCAAAAAGAUGAAAUGAAUCUCGUCGACAUUCUUCAACAAAGAAUCGACGAAAAAGAUGAAGAAAUCAAACGUCUUCAAGAGAGCAACAAAAACUGCUUCAAUUCCUUAUAA